AUGCCAGACUUACAGCCCCCAGCAGACGCCGUCUUCGACCAAUACGCCGAAAUCAAGCACCCAGACGUCUUCCCCGAUGCUCUUAAGCUUCUUAAAAAUUUCCUUACUGAUAAAUCGAUCCCCUGGACUUCGAAUGGUACCAAAGACGAUGUUGAACUAUCGACUUACCAGCCCGAUCCUCCACUCCCAGCUCCUGUCUGUCGUGGAAUCGGUACUUUUCCCAAGGGGCUCACGGCGGAGCAAAUUCUCCCCGUGGUCCACCAGUUGGCGUGUAGGAAGUAUUGGGAUGAAAGGUACAAACUCGGAUUCCAGAGUCUACGAUACUCAAGAACACUUGUGCGUUUUUAUGCCGUACAAAAGGGCGUUGGGGAGGGUUGGUUUGCAGUUGUAGCUCCAAGGGAUUUCACUGGGUAUAGUGGACACGUAAAGGAGGUCGGUGAAGACGGGGUCACAAGAUACUAUUUUUUACAAACUAGUGCGGAGUUUGAUGAUGUCCCAGAGGUCAGUGGGACCGUGAGGGGGCAAACUAGCUUGGCUGGAUGGGUUCUCGAGGAAGGGGCGGAAGGUGUCAAGUGCACCUAUAUUGUGAAAUUCGAUCCAAAAGGCUCGAUCCCAGGUUAUCUACUGGAAGCAGUCGUGAAAGAAACUCCACUCUGUAUAGCAAGGGUCAGAAGCUUCAUCGAAAAGAAAGGACUAGUCCCAUACAUUAACAUCCACGACGAGUUUCCUGGCCAACUACGACAAGAGUUCCUGAAGAACACAGCGGGAGACGACGCAAACUUUAAUGACGCACAAUUCCAGCUUGUGUUUAGUUGGUUCGGUACCCCCGGUAGCUUUGAUAUCCGCUUUGAUAGUCAGUGGGAGAAUGGGGUUAAGGUUGCCACGGCAGAAGGGACAGAAGGGGUUGAUUUCGACCUUGUGAGGGAGAGGGGGAAGGUUACGGUUAUUGUCAAGGAAGGGGCAAAGGAUAAGAAAUUGAAGGUUAUCGUUUCGAGGGCUUGA